AUGCUUCGGCUCUUAACUAAAAGUCCAUUUGCCCGAGCCCCAAGUGCACUUCCGAGACUCUCCAACUUCCGGUUCAACACGAAUAUCUCGAAACACACGACAAAUGCCGACACAGCUCAAGUAAAGGCAGAAUCGCCAGAGAUUGAAACUUCAACGGAAGAAAUCCCAUGGUAUCUUCGGGAUGACAUCACGUCUGACUUGGUGGAAACGAAAAAAAUCGAGUUACCUGAAAUCCCCACCCAUGCUCCUCCACAGGUUGAGGAAUUCAUUAAUCUUUUGGCCCACGACUAUGGCAUGGACGAUCUACUUUUAUUCGACAUGACGCUGCUUCCAGAGGAGCACGAGUUCAAGGAAACCAACAAAAAUAUCGACUUUGUGAUUAUUUCCACGGGUAAAUCUGAAAAGCACAUCUAUAAGGCCGCCAAUGAGUUGAGGCUCCACUUGAAACACACAUAUAAUACUGUACCUUUGAUUGAAGGUAUGGUUUCUAAUGCAAAAACGCCAGCCAUGAGAAGAAGACUUCUCAGACGCGCCAGAAAGGGUCCACUGGCCACGGACAAUGACUAUGGCCGUGCUGCCAACAGUUGGGUCAUGUGUUCCCACGAGGGAAUCGAUGUCCAUAUGCUCACAGGCCCAAGAAGAGAAGACUUGAACUUGGAGUCGUUGUGGUGCGCCCCUGAGGAUUUGCACAAGUAUACAUCAAACCAGACCACCUCUCAGGAGUCAGACAACAUUUUCAGCGGCAUCAGGCGUUUCCACACCAUGACAAAUUUCAGAAGACACUAUUCGAACAACUCAUCCAACUUGGAGGCUUAUUUGUAUCAGCUUAAUAGCAAGGCUGGACAACUUAACACCGAUGAGAUUACGUUGUUGAAGAAUAUGUUCGAAGAUACGUUCCAGAAUGCUUCGCUCCGGGACCAUGAAGUGAGAUUCCAAUUCUGGAAGUCGUUACAUUUGGCCAACCCUGAGCUAUUUACUUUUCAGGAUGCCGAGGAUGCCCUUUUGGCCAAGUAUGCAUCUGUGAAUGCACUAACGGACGACUUGUCGCUGCAAAAAUUGAACGACGUUGCUGAGUAUGCCAAGCUAUUGCUUGAUACACCCUCCAGAGCUCACGAUAAGCCUCUGAGUGAUGUAGCCUUGGACAAGCUUUCCAAGUUCAUAGCAGCUUUGUACGAGUUCUCGACCGACAAGUUCACACUAUCGGGAAACCCCUUGUUGAUCCCAUUGUUGUGGAGAUUGUGCUACCACGAACAUCAAAAUGUUCGUCAACUUUCACCAGGAACCGUGGAUGCGGUGAUUCACAGUGGUCAACCAAUCGAGGUAUGCGAAGCGUCACCAUUGAUCACUAUUGCAUCUAAAAAUGCCAGAGACGUUCUUUCGCUUGUCGACUAUUUCACUCAGAAAGUUGAUUUUGGCACUGUUCCUACCUACGCAUUGAGUGAACUAAUACUAUUCACUUACGGAAAUGCGUCCAAAUGGGGCAAGUUCUGGAAUCAGUGGGAAGACAUGUGCUUUUCCAAAAGCGUCGAACCAGAUGUGGCUGUCGAGAGAUGGACAAGGCUCGCAGUGUACUUGAGUUGUCGUGGGGACAAGUCCAGCAUGAGAUCUUUCCUUUUAAACUACUGGAGCGCCAGCAACUCUGUGGGCGGGUCGUUUGUGAAGGCAUUUGAGGCCAACGGAAACACCUUCAAUUCAGAGAGGGAAUCUUCAGCACUCCGGAGAGCCAUUUUGUCAAUGGUCAAUAGCUUUGAUGGAGACCAGACUUUUGAUGGCAUCCGGAACCAGGUAGAGAGUAUUUGUAAAUAG